CCUCGGCCCAGAUCCCGAGCCUCCACUCCCGGCCAUGGAGGUGGCGCCGGAGCAGCCGCGCUGGAUGGCGCACCCCGCCGUGCUGAACGCGCAGCACCCUGACUCGCACCAUCCGGGCCUGGCGCACAACUACAUGGAGCCCGCGCAGUUGCUGCCUCCCGACGAGGUGGACGUCUUCUUCAACCACCUGGACUCGCAGGGCAACCCCUAUUACGCCAACCCAGCCCACGCGCGGGCGCGCGUCUCCUACAGCCCCGCGCACGCCCGCCUGACCGGAGGCCAGAUGUGCCGCCCACACUUGUUGCACAGCCCGGGGUUGCCCUGGCUCGAUGGGGGUAAAGCAGCCCUCUCCGCGGCUGCAGCGCACCACCACAAUCCCUGGACCGUGAGCCCCUUCUCCAAGACGCCGCUGCACCCUUCAGCUGCUGGAGGCCCCGGAGGCCCCCUCUCCGUGUACCCAGGGGCAGGGGGUGGGAGUGGGGGAGGCAGCGGGAGCUCUGUGGCCUCCCUCACUCCCACUGCAGCCCACUCUGGCUCCCACCUCUUCGGCUUCCCACCCACUCCGCCCAAGGAAGUGUCCCCUGACCCCAGCACCACCGGGGCUGCCUCCCCAGCCUCCUCUUCCGCAGGGGGUAAUGCAGCCCGGGGGGAGGACAAGGAUGGGGUCAAGUACCAGGUGUCACUGACCGACAGCAUGAAGAUGGAAAGCGGCAGUCCCCUGCGCCCAGGCCUGGCUGCCAUGGGCACCCAGCCUGCCACACACCACCCCAUCCCCACCUACCCCUCCUACGUGCCCGCCGCUGCUCACGACUACAGCAGCGGACUCUUCCACCCCGGAGGCUUCCUGGGUGGCCCUGCCUCCAGCUUCACCCCUAAGCAGCGCAGCAAGGCACGCUCCUGUUCAGAAGGCCGGGAAUGCGUCAACUGUGGGGCCACAGCCACCCCUCUCUGGCGGCGGGACGGCACCGGGCACUACCUGUGCAACGCCUGCGGGCUCUACCACAAGAUGAAUGGGCAGAACCGGCCACUCAUCAAGCCUAAGCGGAGACUGUCGGCCGCCAGGAGAGCCGGCACCUGUUGUGCAAAUUGUCAGACGACAACCACCACCUUAUGGCGCCGAAACGCCAACGGGGACCCUGUCUGCAACGCCUGUGGCCUCUACUACAAGCUGCACAAUGUGAACAGGCCGCUGACCAUGAAGAAGGAAGGGAUCCAGACUAGGAACCGGAAGAUGUCCACCAAGUCCAAGAAGAACAAGAAAGGUGCAGAGUGCUUUGAGGAGCUGUCCAAGUGCAUGCAGGAGAAGGCCUCCCCCUUCAGCGCCGCCGCCCUGGCUGGACACAUGGCGCCCGUGGGCCACCUCCCACCCUUCAGCCACUCGGGACACAUCUUGCCCACCCCAACGCCCAUCCACCCCUCCUCCAGUCUCUCCUUUGGCCACCCCCACCCAUCCAGCAUGGUGACCGCCAUGGGCUAGGGACGGCCCCCCACAAAUGGACGGAUGGAUGCCGAGGAGGGUGGCCUGCGGUGCGAGGCUGGGCGCCCCUAGGCAGGGUGGGGUGGGGGCAAACCCUUAGCUGCCUGCCCUUCCCUGAAGACUGAUGGCACUCCCGCCAGCCCAGUCGGAGCCCCAAGCUGCCUCUCCUGUGGGCGCUCCACUCGGCCGUCGGCGGUCACGGUGAAGAUCCUCACCCAGGCUGGGGGGCGGCCUUGGCCCGGCUUCCUGCCCAGGUGGGGUUUCCAUCACGGACGAUUGUUUGGAGAACAGAACGGACAACUUUUUGAAGAGAAAAGGAGGGAGGCAGGGGACAAAUGAAGAAGACCGUUUUUGGGAGGAGAAGGGAGUAGGCAAAAGUAAUUUAUUUUGCUCUUGUUUUUAACAAGGACUGGGAGACUUGGAGGUCCGAGCUGCCCUAGGUUCUCUGGGUCUUUUUGCGCCAAGUACCGCUUGGCCCACCUGCUUGCUAGGGCUCUGGGGGCAGGUGUGCGGGGCCCUCGGCCCGCACCAUCCCCUCUGGCUUCCCUCUCUGAAACAGCUGGAGCUCAGGUUGGGCUGAGCCAGUACAGCCGGACCACCACCGGCCCGGGGAGGCUGAGCGGUGUGUGCCCUGGCGGCCCGGCCCUGGAGGGCAGAGACAAUCAUGGGCGGUCCUGCGCAGAUUCCCAGGCCAGGGCUGGGUCACAGGAAGGAAACAACAUUUUCUUGAGAGGGGAAAUGUCUCCCAGAUCGCUCCCCUGGCUCUGAGGCCGAAGCUGGUGUGACCCGUGUCCCCUUAACGAGCCUGAGCCACAGCCUGACUCCUCUGCCAGGUGGACCCCUGUACAUAACAUCCUUUUUCUGCUCACCCCUCGACCCCCUUCCCUCCCACUCUGAGA